GGGCUGGGCGCAUAGCUGUAUUUAAUGUCCAUAUCGGUGGGAAUCUACCAUAAUUCCAGUAAUAUCUCAUGUGCAUGUUCUUUUUUAGUGCCGCAUUAAUCAUCAAGUUUCGACUGAUGAUAAUAAAUGGGCUACAAUGGUUGAAGGGACGAGGAGCUGACCGGAGAAUAUAGGUCACUACCUGAAAACUGCGCCUUCAAGUGAACAAUAGCGUCGUGUAAAGCUCCCUGCUCAACCAACUUUGCAAUGGGCAAAAAGUCUCGCGAAGACGACUCUUCAUCAUCGGAUGAAGAAGAGUAUGUUGUGGAGAAGGUGCUGGACAGGAGGGUGGUGAAAGGCAGAGUCGAGUUCUUUCUCAAGUGGAAGGGAUAUUCUGAAAAGCACAACACAUGGGAACCAGAGAAGAACCUGGACUGUCCAGAGCUCAUUUCGGAGUUCAUGAAGACUUACAAAAAAAGUGGGAGUUCUACUCCAAGUAGUGGAGGCAGCAAGUCCAGCACAGCCCCCUCCGGACGUGCAAAAGACUCCGGUAGCUCAAAGAAGAGGGGCUCGGAUGAUGAUGAGGAGGGUGGAAGCAAACCUAAAAAGAAAAAGGAGGAAGAAAUUCUAGUGGCCCGUGGCUUUGAGAAGGGCCUUGAGCCAGAGAAAAUCAUUGGAGCAACAGACUCGUGUGGUGAUUUGAUGUUCCUAAUGAAGUGGAAAGAUUCUGAUGAGGCCGAUCUUGUGCUCGCAAAGGACGCCAAUAUAAAGUGCCCGCAGAUCGUCAUCGCCUUCUACGAGGAACGCCUCACCUGGCACGAAGACAGCGACAAGAAGGAGAAGGACGCAGUGAGCGCAUGAGUGAGUUGGUCACCUCCAAAGGAAAGGAAAACUCCGCUACAGGGACAAGCUUGCGUCAGACAUUUUUACCCCCCCUAACCACAUCCCAUACUCUGUACAUUGUUCAACAAAGACGCUAAUACAGUGGACACAGACCCUCAGCCAAGACCCACUGCUCUCUUUAGACCAUCCUUUUUGUCACCAGGUGUAACACAAACAAACACAUCAUUGCAUUCUAAUGAGAAACUGCAGAAUCUGUCACCAUUGAUUGUGGUCUGCCACCUUGUGGCUGAAAAUGUCCAACUGCUUAGUUUCUAGACUCUUGAAAUCACUCAUGGUAAGCCUGCAGUUUUAAUUUUUAAUAUUAGUACUGAAAUCAUGAAAUUUUAAUUGGGUGGAUAAUUUGUUAUAUUUACUUGAAGCUCUAGAAUGUUUCCUGAUCAGGCACAUCCUGGCUUUGAUUAGCAAAUAUUUUUCAGUGCUUUCUGUCAUUUUAUCUGCACAGAUAAAAAUGUUUUUAUCCGAGAUGGGUGAGAAUUUUAAGUGGGUGUCUUGUGUUCCAAAAUAGUUUUUAGGGCCAAAUAUGUUUUUACUGAGCUUUAUUUUGCGUAGCAAUGAAGCAUACAAUAGUUAUGGUGUGACAGUCUUUUUUCAUAUUUUUUUUUUUAAAACAAAAAGUGAGACGUUCCUUUUGUGAUGUUACAACAAGGUAUGGCAACAUACUUAAAUAAAUUGUUUAGAUGUUGAGUUUGCUGUUGAACUUUAUUUGCCAAUCGAUCUCAAACAUUCUGAAGAAUCUUUUUUUAAACUUUUCCAGCUGCACCUGGUUAGGGUCAAGGGGUGCUGGAGCCUAUCCCAGCUGACUUGCAAGGAAAUAAAGUUGUGCCAAAAAUAUGACCGUGAUAGCUAAUUGACUAAUUUGAUUGAAGAACUGCUGAACUAAAUGACAAGGAACCCCAAGUUUUAGCCCAGUACAAUGUUUUAAAAAGCAGUAAUAGCAUGUACUAGACUGUAUUACCAGCAGAUGUCACUGUUGGGCAAAAUUAUACAUAUUAAUUUCUUCCUCCAUUUGCUUCUGAGUACUUCGUUAGGCCUAUAUGUCACUUGGUCCCACAAAGUUGUUCUUAAGAACGUUAACGUUCAUAUAUGCUCGCUGCCUAUUGAGAUUUGUAUUCUUCAACACAUAAUAGCACAGUGGCUAAAUAGCAGUGUAAACCAGUGGUUCUCAACUGUUGCCACCCUGUGACCCACAAUUUCCUAAUCUCGCGACCCACCUUAACAGAAGUGAAGAACAAUAAAGAGCAUGUG